CCAUAAUGACUUCCAAAAUUAACACAAUCUUUUUAUCUUUUAUCAUCUUAGCCCAUCUCACGCUCGUUCAUUCAUGGAAUCAUCAUCCUCCUCACCAAACACUUUCACCUAUUUAUGAUGAUGGCAAUGCAUUCCUCAACAAAGGCUUGAAUCCGAACAUUUUUCAUCAUUUUGGUACGUUUAGCUCACGUUAUUCCGUUCAACCGAGCGGUUCUCUUUACCCACCCAAGCAGUGCAAAGUAGUCCAAGUAACUUCGCUCGAACGUCAUGGUUCAAGACAUCUUUCAAAAGGUGCUUAUAAAUCUGCAAAUAACACUCUUUCUACCAUUCAGGCAGCAAUCAAACAAUCCCAUCAAAACAUUGACAAAUUACCGAAACUUAUUCAAUUCCUUGCCCAUGCAACCAUUGAUAGUACCGUGGAAGAUUUAAACCCUUUUGGUGCUUUACAAGCAUGGUACAGUGGCAGAAGUACGGCUUCAGUCUAUAGUUCACUUGCAAAACAUGGUGGUGCAUUUAUUCGGUCAACUGGAAAUAACGUGAUUGGACAAGAUAGAGUUUUGAUCACAUCAAAAUAUUGGAGAUUAGGAUUUGAUGGUAAACCUUUUCCUUCUCGUGGAAUGACAAAUUCAAGUCAAGUUCGUAGAUUAUCACAAUCUAUCAAACCUGCAGAUGUUAUCUUUGCAGAAAAUUCUGCAACGAAUGAUACCUUGAGUCCCUCAACUUGUCCUGCCGAUCAAGCGGCAAAACCGGCAAACAUUUCAAGUGAUGCAAUGCAAGCAGCAUAUGCAAACAGUACAGUUUUACCAGUGAUUGGCACCCGUCUGCACAAAUAUUUCCAACAAAACAAGAUUCCACUCAACAUUACUCAGUACGUAAUCUCUGAUUUGGCUAAUUUGUGCUUGUUUGAAACAUUUUCACGAGCACAUAUCAGUCAUCAAGGACAAUCACUUGAUAUGCCACAAAGUCAUUUCUGUCAAUUGUUUGACGGAGAAGAUGAUUGGAAGAUCUUGGGAUAUUUCAUGGACAUUGGAAUGUACUAUCAAGCCGGCUAUGGUGAUCCAUAUCACAAAGGCUUGGGAACUGGUUUCUUGAGAGAAUUGUUGGCACGUUUGACAAACACUUCUCCGCUUUUGAAUCCACCAACCAGCUUGAACACUACACUGGACGCUGCCCACAGUGCAACCUUCCCGAUCAAAGAUGGUAUGAUUUACAUGGAUACCUCUCACGAUGGCACGAUGGCAUCUAUUGCAUCUAGUAUUGGCUUAAAGAGAAGUCCAUCAAAAUUGACACCUGCAAAGCAUGCGGAAAACGAACCGCAUAAUUGGAAAUUUGCUCAAAUUGCACCAAUGCAAGGUAAGAUUGUAUUUGAAAAGUUACACUGUGAUCAACAUGGUGGACAUCCAAAAACGAAAGAAUACGUUCGUAUUCGCAUGAAUGAUCAAACACAAAUUCCAGAUCAAUUUUGGUGUCCCGGUGCCAGUAAGAAGGAGCAGAAAGAGCGUAUUUGCCCUUUGAACAUCUUUAAGAAGCAUUUGGAGUUCGUUGAAUCUGAUUUAGAAUGGAACAAAUGCUACCAGUAGUGCGAUGUACACUUUAUAAGGAAUGACAGUUGUGAUACUAGUGACUGACCGUGAGAAGGAUGAUAUAAAAGCACUCUUGGGACAAUCACAAAGAGGAAGCUGUCAAAGUUGAUAAAUGACUGAAGACUGCAAUCAUAGAUCGCAUCAAGCUAUACUGAAUGUUGCCUUGACUGGUACAUGAUCGGAAAGAGGCUUGCCAGUUGUCUUGUUCAAAAAUUCACUAGCAUCGUAUGUCCAUGACAAUGCUGAAAGUUUGACAUCUGUUCCAGAGCGGUAGCUGUAAGGGGAGAGGAUGAGGGUGAUCAGCAAAUUGUUUAUCAGAGUG